AGCAAGGCUUAGAUCACAUAGCAGAAAAUAUCCUCUCCUACCUAGAUGCCAGAUCACUCUGUGCAGCUGAAUUGGUUUGUAAGGAAUGGCAGCGGGUUAUUUCAGAAGGAAUGCUUUGGAAGAAGCUUAUUGAGAGAAUGGUACGAACUGAUCCACUCUGGAAGGGGCUCUCAGAAAGGCGGUGCUGGGAUCAGUACCUGUUUAAAAACAGACCCACCGAUGGCCCUCCUAAUUCAUUUUAUAGGUCACUGUAUCCAAAGAUAAUACAAGAUAUAGAGACAAUAGAAUCUAACUGGCGAUGUGGAAGGCACAACUUGCAAAGAAUUCAGUGCCGCUCUGAAAAUAGUAAAGGUGUUUACUGUUUACAAUAUGACGAUGAGAAGAUUAUAAGCGGCCUAAGGGAUAACUCCAUUAAGAUAUGGGAUAAAACCGGAUUGGAAUGUUUGAAAGUAUUAACAGGACAUACUGGCUCCGUUCUUUGUCUACAGUAUGAUGAAAGAGUAAUUGUAACUGGAUCGUCUGACUCUACUGUCAGAGUCUGGGAUGUGAAUACAGGCGAAGUCUUGAACACUUUAAUUCAUCAUAAUGAAGCAGUGCUUCACUUGCGCUUUAGUAAUGGUUUAAUGGUGACCUGUUCAAAGGACCGCUCUAUUGCUGUUUGGGACAUGGCUUCAGCAACUGACAUCACUUUGCGCCGAGUAUUAGUUGGCCAUCGGGCUGCUGUUAAUGUUGUGGACUUUGAUGAUAAAUAUAUUGUAUCUGCUUCUGGAGAUAGGACCAUUAAAGUCUGGAGUACAAGCACAUGUGAAUUUGUUCGCACUCUUAAUGGGCACAAAAGGGGUAUUGCCUGCCUCCAGUAUAGGGAUCGACUUGUUGUGAGUGGAUCAUCAGACAAUACCAUUAGACUUUGGGACAUUGAAUGUGGAGCAUGUUUAAGAGUGCUAGAAGGACAUGAAGAGCUGGUUAGAUGUAUACGAUUUGAUAACAAAAGGAUUGUAAGCGGAGCUUAUGAUGGCAAAAUCAAAGUUUGGGACCUGCAAGCUGCUCUUGAUCCACGAGCUCCAGCAAGUACACUAUGCUUACGUACAUUGGUGGAACACUCUGGACGCGUUUUUAGACUCCAAUUUGAUGAAUUUCAAAUUAUUAGUAGUUCCCACGAUGACACCAUUUUGAUUUGGGAUUUUUUAAAUGUGCCUCCCAAUGCACAAAAUGAAACCCGCUCUCCAUCCAGAACGUACACCUACAUCUCCAGAUAACACUCUGUAAUUUACGGUUCUCCAAGGGAUUCUACAGUCUUUGAACUACGGGACAUUUGGCUAUCAAACAUCUGAAGACAAUAGCCGCAGCUAAAGUUGGAAGUGGUUUUUAGGUGCUGUGUAGAGAUGUAAAGCAGCACAAUUCUUUCUCUCAAUGUAACUUUUUCCAGUCCUCCUCCACUCAGUGGUCUCUUAAGGAAUUGACUAGGAAUUCACUGAGUUCAGCCCCUCCCUCACCUCAGUGCAAGAUCCAAAGCUUCAUGAGUAAAUUGCCCAUAUACACUGAACCCAUGGCUUGUUUUUCCAGGAGUAAAUCAGAUGUCAAGGAUGGACUUGACCUAAUUUAUAUUUGCUUUGCACUUUUGUCUGACUCUGAAGAAGAAAA